AUGAAGUCUGCCUACCAACUUUCCCCUAUCCCGCCUUUCCGGGCUCAGACUACCAAGACAACGUCCUCGAUGUUUUCCACCACGUCAAACUUUGAGGCCGCCGCGUCCCCCGAUUCCACCGCAGGCACGGAUGCCAGCUCUCAGCUGACGUCUUUCUCCUUCAAUAAGAAGCGCCCGCCACCUUUGAAGCGCUCUUCACGAUCAAAUCUCAGCUUGAUCGAACAUGAUGGACCCUCGGCCCCCUCACCGCCCUCACCCCUCGGAACUGAACAGAUCCUCAACGAUCAAAAUGGGAUCUCGCCUCGCAGUGGUUCCAGGCCUCUUAGUCCGCUGACCAAAGGACAUCAAGAGGCUCGUCGCCCCUCUAUUCCAUCCCGCUUUCUACCUGGCCGUCCAAGCAACUAUGUUCAAGCUGUUCCUCGAGCCAACAUGAGCGCAUCUAAACCUCGAACUUCGAACCAUGGGUCGAUCUUUAUGCCCAAGGCAGAUGCGACUUUAACACCGCCAGCUACGCCCAACUCCCGAGAAGCUAACUUUCUUCAAGCUAAAUCCAUUUCAUUUCUCUCGAAAUCCAUCAACCCCCAGCUUCCGCCCACCCCAAGUACAUCGCCCUACCAGAAGGCUACUCCCCUUGUGCCCACGACAGUGUCGGCAAAAGCUCUGGCGGCUCACAAACUGCAUCCCGUAUUUCUAGCCAACUACACCCUUGGCGAUGAACUAGGUAGCGGUGGUUUCGGAUUUGUAGUUCAAGCGUCUAGAAAUGAGGAUGCAAUGCAGUGUGCAGUUAAGUUUAUUUACAAAGAAAAAAUUCCUCAGCAAGCUUGGGUUAAGGAUGACCAUUGGGACGACGAGUCCGACACCAACGGUAUCAUGAGAACGAAAGAUGGGAUCAAGAGGGUUCCCUUAGAAGCCUAUGUACUCAAAACUAUUCGACACCGAGGAGUGGUAUCUUUUGUGGAUCUUUUCGAGGAUAAUACUUAUGUGUAUCUGGUCAUGGAACAUCACGGUUCUCCAUGGACAGCUUCCGAGAAGGAGAAUAAAGCCCCCAGCUUUCUGAAGAAGCUGCCGAUGGUCAACUUAUUGCAAUCAACCCCCAAGAAGCCCCUAGUUACGAGUGGGCUCAAGCUUGAGAUGGCAUCGGAAUCGCGAAAAGGCAGUCUUACCUUGCCGCCUCCUAUGCCGGGUAUGAUGCGUCGCUCUUCCUGCGAUUUAUUUGAGUGCAUCGAGCAGCACAGCCGCCUUCCGGAGAAGUACGCCAAAUACGUCUUUGCACAACUGAUUGAUGUUGUGGGCUGUCUGCACUACAAUGGAUUCGUCCAUCGGGACAUUAAGGACGAAAACAUUGUGAUCGAUGACAAGUACAGAAUGAAGUUGAUUGAUUUCGGCUCAACUUACCUUUUCGAUUACCGACAAGAGCCUCAAUCACUCAACCGUUUCUUUGGCACCCUGAACUUUGCCGCACCAGAGCUAAUCAAGAAAGGUUCUUACCAACCUAUGGCUGCCGAGAUUUGGUCCUUAGGGAUCCUUCUCUCGAUCCUCGUCACUGGAGAGUCUUUCUUCCACGACACCGAAGCUAUCAAGCACUACAAGGCUUCCCCUCCUAAUAACCCGGUCUCGGAGAGUUGUAUGGAUCUUAUCUUUCGAUGUUUAGCCUACAAACCGGAGGACCGUUGGAACUGCUUCAAGAUCCGAACUCACCCUUGGUUGGCCGACUGUCAGUGGACCUGGAGUGAUCUUCCUACUGAUUCGUGUACGGAAAGCAUAACUCGAGUGCGCAAGCUGUAG